AUGUCCUCCAACCCUCUCUCCAUCGAAGAACUCCAGGCCGCCCUCGCCGCCCGCGACGCCGCCCUAGUCUCUCGCGAAGCUGAAAUCGCCAGCCUCCACGCCGAACGCCGCGCUCUACAGCAGACCUACCAAGCGGUUUUGGACAACUUCAGCGUCGUCAAGAAGCUCACCGACACCCUCCAGCACACUCCCAAGCCCAAGUCGCCGUUGGAGAAGCCGCCUGCCUAUGAUGGCAAGGACAAGACCGGUUACUCUACGUUCGUAUCUCAGUGCAAGUUCUACAUCUAUGGCAACCCCACUCUCUUCACUACGGAUCAGGCGAAGAUUGCUUUCAUGAUUUCCCUCCUCCGCAACAGUGCCUACAAGGUCUUCGAACCCUACAUCGAGCUCGCCGACGAGAAGCGCCCCCACUUUCUCAAGGACUUCACCGCUUUCCUCGAACAGGCCCAGCUCUACCUCGGCGACCCCGAUCGCGAACACACCAUUACCAACAAGUUGCGCGCCCUUACCCAAACCGGAUCCGCGGCUGCCUAUGCGAGUACCUUCUUCCAGCUCUCUGCUUUCCUUGCUUGGAAUGAUCCCGCUUUGCAGGCCCAAUACUACGCCGGCCUCAAGCCCGACGUUCGCAACAUGCUCAGCUUCCAAGACGACCCCACCUCGGUUGCCGACCUCUCCGCCAAAGCUAUCAAGGCCGACAACCGUCUUCAUCAAAGCCGUCAAGAAGCGAAGGCGACCACCAAGCCUCAUUCGCAACACUCAGCAACGCGGCAACUCGGCUUCGCCGCCGACCCGCGUCACCACGAACGUCACGACCCAGGGCCCCACUCCCAUGGACGUCGACGCCACGACCACUCGCAGGGCUCCUCUCACCCCUCAAGAACGCGAACAACGCCUCAAGAACAACCUCUGCCUUUACUGCGGUGAAGGUGGCCACCAGGUCAGCGCUUGCCCCGCCGCUCCAAGGAAGUAUCCAGGACGUUGUGCUGGCAACGCCACUUUCUCCAUCACAGAUGCCGCUGCCCCCUCUAGCAAUUCGAAAAACUAGAGCGUCCUCUGCCCUCGUGUACGCAUGAGGACAUCACACACGCGCACGGCAUCACUCGGUCACCUCCUUCACCGGUCUACAUCACUCUGGCAUCCACACUCGACACUCAACCUUUCGAUCAUCUCGUCCUACCCCUCGACUUCUGCCUGGAACCUCCGGUCUCAGGCUCGGCCCUCAUCGACUCGGGUGCGACCUCGUUGUUCAUUGACGACUCUUUCGUGUCUCGUCAUGGCCUCGUCCGCCGCCCCCACUCGACUCCGAUCCCACUCUUCGUCAUCGACGGCCGCCCCAUCGCGUCCGGCCACGUCACCCACUUCGUUCGCCUCACGAUCACGCUCGGAGGACACUCUCAAGUCAUUCAGGCCGAUGUCACGCAGCUGGGUACCUACCCGCUGGUGCUCGGCACCCCAUGGUUACGUCUCUUCAAUCCCUCUAUCAAUUGGGCAGACAAUACACUCACUUUCUCGUGCUCUCAAUGCACUCUUGGACAUCCAACCUCAGUUGAUGUCGGCCUUCAGGGCCUCCCACUCGUACACUCGGCGCCCGACCUCGCUCUGGACGUCGCCCUCGCUUCCUCCGACGCCUUCGAUCAAAUUCUGGUCGAUGAGCCCUCCCUUGGCCUGAUCAAUCGCGAUCCAGCGCACUCGUACUUGUUCUCGACCUCAGAGGAAGCCUCCCCGUCAGUCUUCCCUGUGGGUCCACCUGAUUCUGCCGAAUACCUCGAUGACUUGCGAUCUGCGCUUCCUUCGGAGUACCACCACCUUCUUCAGGCUUUCUCCAAAGCGCAGGCCGACACUCUUCCGCCUCAUCGACCCUUCGAUCUCGCCAUCGAGAUAGAAGACGGCAAGCAACCUCCUUUCGGCCCUCUCUACCCUCUGUCCGAAAAGGAGCUUCAGGCACUCUCGACUUGGAUCGACGAGAACCUCUCGAAGGGGUUCAUCCGCCCGUCGACUUCGCCAGCGGGCGCUCCCAUUCUCUUUGUUCGCAAGAAGGAUGGGUCGCUCCGCCUCUGUGUCGAUUACCGGGGACUCAACGCGGUCACCCUCAAGAAUCGAUACCCCUUGCCCUUGAUCCCGGAGGCGCUCGACCGACUUCGUUCGGCCAAGAUCUUCACCAAGCUCGAUCUGCGCUCCGGCUACAACCUCGUUCGCAUAAAAGGGGGAGACGAAUGGAAGACCGCGUUUCGCACACGCUACGGUCACUUCGAAUGCCUCGUCAUGCCAUUCGGUCUCACUAACGCCCCUGCUGCCUUUCAACACUUGAUGAACAGCAUCUUCCGCGACCUCCUCGACGUCACGGUGCUCGUUUACCUCGACGACAUCCUCAUCUUUUCGGAUUCGCCUUCCGACCAUGUCGUUCAUGUGCAAGAAGUCCUUCGUCGCCUCAUCGACAAUCGGCUCUACUGCAACCCGAAGAAGUGUGAGUUCCACCAGACCUUGACUGAGUACCUCGGCUUCAUCAUUUCGCCCGACGGUGUCUCGAUGUCUCCUUCGAAGGUGGACUCUAUCACUUCCUGGCCAGCUCCGACCACGCUCAAGGAGUUGCAACAGUUCCUCGGCUUCGCCAACUUCUACCGGCGUUUCAUUCAAGGCUACUCUCGCAUCAUCUCGCCUCUCACCCGUCUUCUCAAGAAGGGUGCCGUCUUCGACUUCGACUCCUUGGCUCUCGCCGCCUUCCAUCGCCUCAAGUCGCUCUUCGCUUCCGACAUCGUCCUUCGUCACUACGAUCCUUCGCUUCCUUGCGUCAUUGAGUCCGAUGCGUCUGAUUAUGCCAUCAGCGCGAUCCUCUCCCAGUCAGUCGAUUCUCAGCUUCGUCCUGUUGCGUUCUUCUCUCGCAAGAUGACCCCUGCCGAGCAGAAUUACGAGAUCCACGACAAGGAACUCCUCGCCAUCGUUGCCUGCAUGAAACUUUGGCGACAUUAUCUCGAAGGAGUUCACCGACCACAACGCGCUUCAAUACUUCCAGACGACCAAAGUGCUCACUCGUCGCCAAGCUCGCUGGUCCGAAACGGUCAACGACCUCAACUACAUCAUCAAGUACCGACCCGGCGCUCAAAACAACAAGGCCGACGCGCUUUCUCGGCGUCCCGACUUUGCCGCGGGGGGAAAAGCUUGUGAACAACCCGGUGUAGUGCUUUUACGUCCAUCCUCUAUCUCCGCCACCUUUUCACCCUCCUCAGAGAUCGCUGACUUGAUCAAGUCUCGCCUUCUUCAUGAUCCGGCAUCUCUUCGCGUCAUCAACGAUCUCAAUCGUGACGCCUCGCUUCACCCCGACUUUGCACUUCAAGAUGGCUUCCUCCUACAACGCCACAAGAUCUACGUCCCCGAUUUCGAACCUCUCAAGGUCAAACUCCUGCGUCAAGUUCAUGACUCGCCUCCAUCUGGGCAUUUCGGCCAAGCUAAGUCCUUCGAACUGGUUGAUCGGAACUUUGUGUGGCCUGGGAUGCGCGCCUUCGUCAAUGACUAUGUUCGCUCCUGCGACAGUUGUCAGCGCAACAAGCCCUCCCAUCAUCGGAAGCAUGGCCCACUUCACUCGCUCCCGGUUCCGACGAAACCCUGGUCCUCGCUCUCGAUGGAUCACAUCGUCGACCUUCCGCCGUUCUCCGGCUUCGACUCCGUCCUCGUCGUUGUUGAUCGCCUCACCAAGGAAGCUCACUUCAUUCCUGCACGAAAAAGCGACACUUCGAAAACCCUCGCCUCGCAAUUCAAGACCCACAUCUUUCGACUCCAUGGCCUACCCGGCGACAUCGUAUCCGACCGCGGAACGACUUUCACUUCAUCUUGGUGGACCGAAUUCCUCAAGAUGCUCGACAUUCGACCCAACCUGUCUACCGCGUUCCACCCAGAGUCAGACGGCCAAACGGAACGAACCAAUCAGAUCCUCGAGCACUACCUACGCCACUUCUGUGAUUACCAUCAAGACGAUUGGCAUGAUUUGCUCCCCCUAGCUGAGUUCUCCUACAACAAUUCCUUUCACUCGAGCAUAGGGAUGACUCCUUUCUUCGCCUCUCGCGGUUAUCACCCAAGGCUUGAAGUCACCCUCCAGGAGACUCCUGUUCCAGACGUUCGACAACAUCUUGCCGGUCUUCGCAAUGCCCAACAACUUGCACAAGAUCAGAUUCGUCGUUCUCAGGAGUCUCAUGCUCGCUACGCCAACCUUCGUCGUGCUCCCACACCUCCUCUUGCGCUCGGUCAACAAGUUAUGCUCAAUCGACGCAACAUCCGCACCACUCGGCCGUCAUCGAAGCUCGACUCCAACAAGCUCGGACCUUUCGCCAUCAAGCGCAUCAUCAAUCCCGUUGCCUACGAGUUGGACCUCCCUUUGACGAUGCGCAUUCAUCCUGUUUUCCAUGUCUCGCUCCUCGAACCUUAUCGCCCCAACACUCUGCCCUCUCGUCAGCAACCUGUGCCGCCACCGCCCGACCUCAUUGACGGCCAGGAAGCCUUCGUCGUCGAAAGGAUCCUCGACUCUCGCGUUCGCCAUGGCUCGCUUCAAUACUUCGUUGAUUGGACUGGCUAUGGACCUCAGGAUCGUGAGUGGGUUGACGCUUCCGAUUUCGAUGAUGACGAUGCUCUCGUCCUCGACUUCCAUCGCUCGAAACCUCGCAAGCCUGGCGCCGACCGUAUCCAACAUCUCGCGGAGCUCGACGCUUAACCCGGGGGUACUGUCACGAAUGGGAGUUUCGCCACUCCAGGUUCGGCCUCUCAGCACCCACGUCAUCCGCGUGACUUCGGCCUUCCCGCGCUUCGGACCUCCUCUCCCCGCUUCGGCACCUGCACUGCCUUCUUCUCCUCCAACUAUACGCUCACAACCCUCUCGCCCCCGACUCUUACGUGA